AUGGCCGCCCCGGAGCCGGCGCGGGCUGCGCCGCCCCCACCCCCGCCCCCGCCGCCCCCUCCCGGGGCCGACCGCGUCGUCAAAGCUGUCCCUUUCCCUCCAACACAUCGUUUGACAUCUGAAGAAGUAUUUGAUGUGGACGGGAUACCCAGGGUUGAUGUUUUGAAGAACCACUUAGUAAAAGAAGGUCGAGUAGAUGAAGAAAUUGCGCUUAGAAUUAUCAAUGAGGGUGCUGCCAUCCUUCGGAGAGAGAAAACCAUGAUAGAAGUAGAAGCUCCAAUUACAGUGUGUGGUGAUAUCCAUGGCCAAUUUUUUGAUCUGAUGAAACUGUUUGAAGUAGGAGGAUCACCUGCUAAUACACGAUACCUUUUUCUUGGUGAUUAUGUGGACAGAGGUUACUUUAGUAUAGAGUGUGUCUUAUAUUUAUGGGUCUUGAAGAUUCUGUACCCAAGCACAUUAUUUCUUCUGAGAGGAAAUCAUGAAUGCAGACACCUUACUGAAUAUUUUACCUUUAAACAGGAAUGUAAAAUUAAAUAUUCAGAAAGAGUCUAUGAAGCUUGUAUGGAAGCUUUUGAUAGCCUGCCUCUUGCUGCACUUUUAAACCAACAGUUUCUUUGUGUUCAUGGUGGACUUUCACCUGAAAUACACACACUGGAUGAUAUUAGGAGAUUAGAUAGAUUCAAAGAGCCACCUGCAUUUGGACCAAUGUGUGACUUGCUAUGGUCCGAUCCUUCUGAAGAUUUUGGAAAUGAAAAAUCACAGGAACAUUUUAGUCACAAUACAGUUCGAGGAUGUUCUUAUUUUUAUAACUAUCCAGCAGUGUGUGAAUUUUUGCAAAACAAUAAUUUGUUAUCGAUUAUUAGAGCUCAUGAAGCUCAAGAUGCAGGCUAUAGAAUGUACAGAAAAAGUCAAACUACAGGGUUCCCUUCAUUAAUAACAAUUUUUUCGGCACCUAAUUACUUAGAUGUCUACAAUAAUAAAGCUGCUGUAUUAAAGUAUGAAAAUAAUGUGAUGAAUAUUCGACAGUUUAACUGUUCUCCACAUCCUUACUGGUUACCCAAUUUUAUGGAUGUCUUCACAUGGUCUUUACCAUUUGUUGGGGAAAAAGUGACCGAAAUGUUGGUAAAUGUCUUGAGUAUUUGCUCUGAUGAUGAACUAAUGACUGAAGGCGAAGACCAAUUUGAUGUAGGUUCAGCUGCAGCCCGGAAAGAAAUCAUAAGAAACAAAAUUCGAGCAAUUGGCAAGAUGGCAAGAGUCUUCUCUGUUCUCAGGGAGGAGAGUGAAAGUGUGCUGACACUCAAGGGCCUGACUCCCACAGGGAUGUUGCCUAGUGGAGUGUUGGCUGGAGGACGGCAGACCCUACAAAGUGCCACAGUUGAGGCUAUUGAGGCUGAAAAAGCAAUACGAGGAUUCUCUCCACCACAUAGAAUCUGCAGUUUUGAAGAGGCAAAGGGUUUGGAUAGGAUCAAUGAGAGAAUGCCACCCCGGAAAGAUGCUGUACAGCAAGAUGGUUUCAAUUCUCUGAACACCGCACAUGCCACUGAGAACCACGGGACUGGCAACCAUAAUGCCCAGUGACCAACGGCUUCCCAGGGACUCUCACAUCUCGGGCCCCAAAUGGACAGAUCACCCGAGGAGCUGGAGGGGUCGGCCAAGCUGACUGUAAAUGUCACAGUCCCUCUGAAAAAACCAUUGUGCUUUUGAGACCCAAGCCCCCUUCCUGGAUGGAGGCUUUGAGGGCCCUGGGACAUGUUGUGCUAUCUGAUAAGAUUGGGUCAUCGCUGCCAAGGUGGAGAGCAGUGAGCAAGGGGCUUGGGGCAAUUUCCAGUGGAGGGCAUCUACUCCUCCAUUUACGCUUGUGGUUCACACAUUUAAGUUUACAAAUGAGAUUUCUUUUUCCCCCUCUGAGUAGAAUUAGAUUUUCUUUUUCAACCAUAAUUCAAAUGCAAUCUUAAGAGCUAAUGUGGACUUUUUUUGUUCCAUGAAAUGUCUUUAAAGGAUGAAUUAGCAUGGUCUUAAAAUACAUUUCUGAGAUUACUAGCUGUAUUUUGAAUUGUAGGCAAAAUGGUGAGAAACCCAGUUGGCGUUUAUACAAAUGCUGACCUCAGGUCUAUUGUUCUUAAAUGUGGCUAAUUCUGUAACAUAGUCUUGGUAUUUUUCAAUUAUGAAUGCAUAACCAAUUUCUAGGCAGAUGCCUUACUUGAACACAAAUCCAAAAGCUAAUUUAGAAUCUUCUUUGCCCAGAUCUUUUGAGAUUUACACCCCAGAGAUUUAAGAAGAAAACCUCUAAAUUUCAAAAUUAUGAAGAAUUACAGAAUUACUCAUUUAAGGUACUUUAAAAGAAGUUUGUACAUUGUCAAAGUAAAUUUUAAUUCAAAUCAUGUCUGUAAAACUUGACGUAUUUUGUGUAUGCAUGUUUUCAUUUUACAAAUAUUUAAUAUAUAGACCUAUGAUGUACAGGUACGACAUGUAUAGGUUACCUAGAUGUUAUGAGAAAUUUUAGUUUAUUGUGAGUACUCAAGUUGCUUAAAUAGCCACCAGGGUGAUUUACUGCUGGCUUUCUAUCAUUUUUAUGUUUUAAUGCAAAGGAAAUUUUUAAAUGUUCCAGAAGUGUUUUUGAUUAAGCAGUGCAGCCUAGAAGCAAUGGUUCUUUUCAAUCAUUCAGAUGUUAGUGGAAGCCUAAAAGUCAAGACUGCAUGUUGAAAUUUUAGUUUUGAUAGUUACAGAACUGCUUGGUUAAACUAAAUGGAACCAUGUGCUCAUUUUUCACAAUUAUUGACCUGUAUUGAUUGCCACUGUAAUUUGAUAUUUUCCUUUACUUUGGUGGCCUGCUUCCCUCAUGCCCUGGAAUACAACUCAGAGCUCCAGGCAGCGGAACCAUCUAUUGUUUUGUUUGCCAGAAAGUGCACCCUGUAUGGUCUCCUGUCUAAGUUGGAAAUAUUAUGCAUGUGCAGGACUAUUUGAAUAUUUUAUAAACAGUAGCACACAAUAAAUUCCAUGCAUGGGCCGCUGCUCCUAUCUCUGUCUUGGGUUUUAUUUGGGAGAUGAAGUAUGAUUGGACCUUUUAAUGCAAAUCAAAAAAUCUUGUUAAUAGAGCUGGAAUAUCCCUCAGAGAAGAUUAUCUUGUGGAUAGUGCAUGGUGAUUUGAUGAAUUAAAUUCUUGUCUUCAUAAAUUUUGCUUUUUUUAAAAAAAAAAACUCUUUGUUACAUUUGUUUUAUGUGAGCAUUAAUAGCUGAGCACUCGAGGAACUUUGGGUACCUACUAUAGGUCCCCUACACCUAAUAUUUAAAAAAUUCACUAUUUUCUUUAACUUUCAUUUUAAAAAAUAUAUUAUUGUGUAGAGUUUCAUUACAGUGGUGUUGGGAAAUUAUUGGGUGUUUUUUUAACAAUAAGAAGAAAAAAUAUUAAGGAGACUGUAUUUUUCUCCCAUCCUGUUCUUUAUUCUUUGCCAUAAUAAAAAUAAAUAUAGGAUUUGGCAAAUUGAGGGAAAUUAGGAUGAGUUUCUCAACAUUUUGUAACUAGUUUUAUAAUAAUGUAAUUAUGUAAUAAUUUUAAUUCUCAACAAUAAUUAUAGUGGCACACAUUAUAAAGCAUUAAUUUAAAUCAAAUUACACUUACCUCAUUCCAGAUAACAAACAGAACUUCUCAAAUUGUUGAUUAUUACAGCUUCUACUACUAUCACAUUAACUUGCAAACUAGUUCAUGAACUACCUCUAAAGUUAUGCACUUCAUACCUUAGAGAUUCUUCUUGAUGUUACUGCUUAUGAAAGUUAUGUAUAUUUAAGAGCAUUAUUAGGUGUCAGAAACUUCCUUAGUGCUAGGUUCAUCAUAAAGUUCUAUGAGGGGUCCUCAAAAGUUCAUGGAAAAUGCAUAUUGUGAAAAAAACUAUGCAUAACUUAAAUUUUUUACCAUAAUAAACUUACCUUUUAAAUAUUAUUUGGGAGGCAGAGAGAGAGAGUAUGCACAAGCAUGCUCUCCCAUCUGCCUGUGCACUCACCAAAUGCUUGGGGGACAGAAGUCAAAGCUAGGAGCCAUGAACACAAUCCAGGUCUCGACAUGGAUGUCAGGAACCCAGCUACUGAGUCAUUAUUAGCAGGAAGUUGGCUGGAAUCGGGAUCUGGCCAGCAAGUCAAGUGCAGGCACUAAUGUGGAGCCUGGGUGUCCUACCAAGCAUCUUAACUGCUAAGCCAGACACCUGCCCCUACACUUCUCUUUUAAUUCCGUGAAGCUUUUGAAGUACCCUCAUACAGUGUUUGUAGGAAUCAUGGAUAAACCUUAGCAAACUAGAGGAAUUAAGGUUUAAUAGUAAAAAUGGAGAGUAAGAGAAAGGAGUAGAACUCCGAGAAAGUGGUGGACUUAAAGAAUCGUAGAAUAUCACCUGUCGUUACAAAGAACAUUUCCUAACUUGUUGAAUGGGAACCUAUUCCUAGUCUUUCUUCAAAUUAGUUCCACAGCAAACCAUUUGUUAAAUUCUUUUUAAUGCAACUCAUGAUGAGUACAAAUUGUUAAAAGAUCAGAUCUUUCCAGGUUGUCAUUUUAAAUGCCUAUCAUGUUAGUGACGGUGAAAUGUAAAUUAAUAUUCAACAUGAAAUUUUUUCUAUGUAUCAUUUCCUUUUGUAUUGAAAGAUGACUUUUCUGAAUUAGAAAAGUCACUCUCUGACUUUCUAUACUUCAGUUAAAUCAUUGUUAACAGAACUCAUAAACAUCAUAGUUCAUAAUUCAUACGUUCAUGUUUAAAUUUUGAAGCCAGUUAAAUUUAUGCUGAUCUGAAAUCUUUGCUCAGAAUCAAUUACUCUUAUUUUAUUCAGGGUUUUUGCCAUUGCAGCUGAUUUUCCUUUUUCCACAGCUACUCUACAUAAUAUUGUAUAAUAUUUCACUGAAUCCUUAACACUUUUCUUCCACCUUCCCUGCUUAUAGUUUAUGCUUUCUACAGUUUGGGGGUUCCUUUGAAAUCCAUUCUCUGCAUCUGUUCCUUACGGGGAUUUGAUUUGCCACAUUCCAGGACCUCAGUGCAAGUGGUUCUUCCUGGUUGUAUGAUGCUCAUCGAGGCAGGUAAGUUGACAGCUAGGGCCAGAUGUAAGGAGAAAAUCAGGUCUUAGAUUCGUGUAAGACCACUGCCCUGACAACUUCUGAUAGGUCCUUGAGCUCGUGGAAAGAAGCUAAGGAAUGUGGAAUUGAAUUUCCAAGGUCAGCAUCUAUUAUAAGAAGGAAUAAGAGGGUGCACUGAGUUGAUUGUUUUCUAUUUUUUGUACUUGAAAGUAGUAUGCAUGUUUAGUCAUUAACAAAAAUGUUAGUCUUGCUUACUUUAAUGUUCCAGAAACAUUUAUUCUUCUUUUGAAAUAAGCAAACAGGUGGAAUCUGAGGAUGCUUGAGAGAAUACCUUGUUUUCUUUUCAGGAAAGUGAAUUUUACAAAUUAAUUCUGUAUGUUCUCCCUAGAGUUUGAUUGUAUUCUGUACUAAUAAAUUACUAUUUCUCCUGUCCUUUGUUGGGUUAUUAUAAUUGUACAAUAGCCUAGGUUGGGCAAUGUUGAGUUCUGUUUGUGCAGUGUUUGAUAUGUUUAAAAAGGACAUUGGGCUUGGGGGAACUCUUCUUGAGUCUAGAUUCUAUACAGGGACUUCAGGGGCUCCUGUACCUCUGGGCUAAGUGCAUAUCCUUUCUAACCAAAUAUUGACUUCUGGACUAAUCCCAAGGCUUUUUGUCUGAAGCUGUAAAGUGAGAGCAGAAAUGCUGCCUUGAGUGAGAGAAGUCCAGAAAGCAGUAGGUUUCGUCUUUCUCUGAGCCUGCCCUGGCCUUGGUGAGUUUGAAAGUGUUGACAGUCUUUAGCCCUUUUGGCAGAGAAUGAGGAUCAGAAAGAGAGAAGUCCUCAGGCAGGGGGCCAGGUCCUUACUUGCCUCGUUAGGGAGACUUCAGCCUUGACUGUCUGGUUGGCAGGGCACACUUAAUCACUGAGACCCAGCAUUUCAGCAGUUUGCAGAGGAAACUGAUAUGAAGGGACAGCUGCAAGUGAGCCACAACCUAGAUUUGAGGAGAUAAAGCACUCACUUCACUUGGAGGAAAGAGAAGGAAGGAAGCCGAGAGCUUAGCAGGGUAAGUUACUUUCCCAUCAACCUGCUUGCUUGCUUUAUAAUUGAGUAAAGUAUUUAGCACCCUGGGAAAGUGUUAAUCACUGAUUAAGCAGAUGAAUGUGGUCAUAAUAGCAAUGUCCUUAAUGUAGUUUUUCUUUUUCUUUGCCCUUUUUGAAGAUUCCCAGUGACCAUCUUUACUCUCCCUUCUCUUUUCCCAGAGAUGUUUCCAGUUUGCUCAUGAAUUAGAGAAAAUUAGGUGGGUCCUCUUGGUCUAAAAAUAGUGAGAAAAUUACUGUAUUAGGUGAAACUUUGGGCUUCGGGUGGCAAGGAUGGAGAAAAAGGGGAUAUCUGGGUCUGGGAAUUGGUUAGUAUUGUGGUUUGUAAUUUGGAGAUGCAGUUUUCCUAGGCCAUGAAAUGUAUGGCUCCUCUCCUCUAGUCUGUGGUGUUAGUGUUUCCUUUCUCAUAUAUUGGGAGUGACUAGAAAAAAUUUUUACAGUGAUUCCUUUUCUAGGUAGAGUGGAUUGAACUCUGGAAAGUUCUGAAAGCUUACUGCAGUUCAGCAUCUCCCUUUUAUCUCUCUCCUGUCCUCUCCCUAACCACCCCCCACUUUUUGUUUCUACAUCUACACCCUGUGAACUUGGAGAAGGCUGGUGAUUUUUGCAGGAAAAUUGGAGCCAAGGAAGCUGUGUCUGGUUCUAGGGUACACAAACUCAGACAUGAACUUGAUGAUGAUGUAUGUGUGUGCAGACCCAAAUGCCAAAACUUGACUUCUUCCCACCUUCUUGUCUUCCUGCCAGGAAGCAAGCUUAUUUGUACCAUGGAUCACGAAUGUGCUCUAGACACAGAUGAGACUAUGACAUUAGCGAUUUCACCACCAUUCUUUUUCAUUUCCAGAAUUCUUUUCAUCUCCAGACAUUUCAGCCAAUGCCCAUAUCCAAGAAUUAAUUUUGCAUUAGAGACUUCUCUUUGAAAAUGCAGCUAAGUGAAGCAGACCUCUUUUAAUCUUAACUGGCUCCCACUGUAGCAAAAAGGCUAUCGUUUAACAUACAGAAGAUAUUUAUUGAGAUUUAUUUAUUUAUGAGAUUUAAGACCCUAAAGUUGUCUCAAAGAUACUUGCUUCCAUAACCGUGAAAAAAAUAUUCAUUCAGGGCCGGCGUUGUGGCGCAGUGGGUUAAAGCCCUGGCCUGAAGCACUGGCAUCCCAUAUGGGCACCGGUUCUAGUCCUGGCUGCUCCUCUUCCAAUCCAGCUCUCUGCUGUAGCCUGGGAAAGCAGUAGAAGAUGGCCCAAGUCCUUGGGCCCCUGCACCCACGUGGGAGACCCGGAAGAAGCUCCUGGCUCUCUCUCUCUGUCUCUACCUCUCUCUGUAACUCUGUCUUUCAAAUAAAUAAAUCUUAAAAAAAAAAAAAAAAAAAAAAAAA